UCGUAAUAAUACAAUAGGCGACUAACGUUUUGUCCUUGUUUCAGUAUCUAGUCUUUAUUCCCUUCAACCAAACAUGCCCUCAAAGUACGAGUAUGCAUGCGGGGUACUAUAAACAGGCUAAGCAGCCGGCACUAGUACAGUACUACGUCGCCCGCGUCGUAUCAAAAGCAAAUCGCUCACAACAUUCACGCCACCUUGUCGCUCAAGCUCACGGGAAACUACACAGUGAUCCCACAGGUUCCCAGUCCCAGAAAUGGCGACCCCAUCCGAGAGCCAAGACAAGAAGGCCCUCGUGGUCAUCUACGCCCCGCCGAUGAUGAUCAGCCACCUGUUCUCCUUGGUGGACCUCGGCGAGCUGCUCGCAGCGCACAGCCUCGACGUCGCCGUCGUCCUUGGCGGGCGGACCGACGACACUGCCACUGGCGGCGGCGCGGCUGCCGGUUCAUUUGCCGAAGGCCUCGCGGCUGCGCACCCCCAGCUCUCCUUUCACCUCCUACCGCACGUCACGCGCCCGCGCGACGUGCCCGCCCACGAUUACGUGGCGCAGACCUUCGAGCUCGCCCGCGCCUCCGACUCUGACCUCCGUGAGUUCCUCCGUGCCGCCUCCCCUUCCCCGGCCGCCCUGGUGCUGGACUUCUUCUGCGGCAGCGCCGUGGACGUCGGCACCGAGCUGGGCAUCCCCACGUACUUCUUCUUCACCUCAUCCAUCGCCGGCCUGGCGGAAUUGCUAUACCAUCCCUUGAUCCACGAGCAAACAUCCAUUAGCCUCCGACACCUCGGGGGUGAACUUUUGCGCGUUCCGGGCGUCGCGCCGAUACCCGUAGAUGACCUCCCGGCGGCCUACCAAGACCGCGACAGCCUUGGCAACAGACUCUUCCUCGCGCUGUCCGAACAGAUGUGCAAUUCCCACGGUCUUAUCGUCAACAGCUUCCGCUCACUGGAGCCACGCGCCACCGACGCCAUCGUGGCAGGCCUCUGCACGCCACCCGGGAGACGAACGCCACCGCUGCACUGCAUCGGUCCGGUGAUCAAGCCGUUGGAAGAGGUUGGCGAGAAGCGGCACGAGUGCCUGGCGUGGCUAGACGCCCAGCCGGAGGCCAGCGUCGUGUUCCUCUGCUUCGGCAGCAUGGGCCGGUUCAGCGCGGAGCAGACGAGGCACGUGGCGCGCGGGCUCGAGACGAGCGGGCAACGGUUCCUGUGGGUUGUGCGGCGCCCGCCUGCCGGCGAGGAAGACGGCCUCGGCGCGCUCCUCCCCGAGGGCUUCCUGGCGCGCACCAAGGGCAAGGGGCUAGUGGUCGAGGCGUGGGCGCCGCAGCGCGAGGUGCUGGCCCACGGCGCCGUCGGCGGGUUCGUCACGCACUGCGGCUGGAACUCGGUGUUGGAGGCGAUUAUGGGCGGCGUACCGAUGCUGGCGUGGCCGAUGUAUGCCGAGCAGCGGAUGAACAAGGUGUUCCUGGUCGAGGAUCUGCGCCUCGCCGUCGCUAUGGAAGGGUACGACAAGGAGAUUGUCAAGGAUGAGGAGGUAGCUGCCAAGGUGAAGUGGCUCAUGGAGUCGGACGGCGGCAGGGAGCUUCGUGAGCGGACGCGGGCGGCGAUGCGGAAGGCGAAGGAGGCGCUGAGCGCCGGCGGAGAGUCUAGCACUGCGCUGUUGGAGCUCGUAAGGCAGUGUAAAAUGUGAAAAACACCUGCUUUAAUUUAACUAGCAAAUAUGCACGUGCGUCACGCACGUGUUUGUAUUAUCGGAUAUUUUUUGUUUUUAUUUUCACUUAUUCAUUCAUAAUAUGGUACUAUAAACAAUGUAAAACGUUUGCUAGUUUUUUCUUUCUUCUUUAUCAUAAUAAAUAAAAUCACAUGUGUUCAAAUUUUA